GAAAUACACACAGAGAAAAAAAAAAAAAGAAAUUACGAGUUCUUCAUAAAAUCAAAAACCGCAAAAACCUAAUAAAAUCGAUCCAUUUUAAAAGAUCGAAUUGCAAGUUACAAAAACCCUAAUUCAAUUCACAAUCAUCAAAUCUCUCAUUUUCCCCAAUUUCAAACCCUAACGGUGGAAACUGGAAUUUACAAUGUCUCCCGCAUCUAAGUCAAAGUCAAAGGACAAAAGGGCUGCUGCCAAGGACCCACAGAAGUCCUCUACCAAACCCACAUCUAAUGCUAAUACAGGCGUCCCUGCUAGUGGUUACAAUCCACUUCUGGGUACCUUUCACAUGCUUGACACUGCACCAUUGUCUACAGCGCCAUCUGUUCAUAUAAAUGGCCGAUCUCGUAAUGUCGAUGAUACGGAGGAUAAUAGUGGGAACUCUACGGGGGUGGGGAUUGAAUAUGAUUCCAUAUCUAACAACGGUAGUUGGUCAGGUGAGUCUGAAGAUCAUAAAGACAAAAGUUCUCAAGGAUCCUCCCGUCAGGAAACAAUACCAGGGGUUGAUAAUGACAAACGUGAAAAAAUCCGUCAAAAGAAUGAGAAGAAACAUCAGCGUCAAAAAGAGAGGCGAGCUCAAGAACUCCAUGAACGGUGUAGUGGUUACCUAAUGUCAAGAAAGCUGGAAGCACUUGCCCAGCAGCUUGUAGCUAUGGGAUUCUCUUCAGAACGUGCAACAAUGGCUCUUAUAUUGAAUGAAGGUAGAGUUGAGCAAUCAGUUGCAUGGUUGUUUGAAGGGGGUGAAGAUUCUGAAAACCAACGCGAGCAUAAUCUUGACGGUGGUGGUAAUUUGAAAAUUGACAUAUCAGAAGAGCUUGCUCAGAUUACUGAAUUGGAAAUUAAGUUAAAAUGCUCAAAACAGGAGGUAGAGCGUGCUAUAGUUGCAUGUGAAGGUGAUCUUGACCAGGCGGCAGAAACCUUAAAAGUUCAGAAGCAGGAACAACCUCCUGCUGCCCCGCCAAAGCUUGAAGAAAAUGGCGGUUCUUCAGCUCAUAUUAAUGGUAAGCUUUCCGUAGCUAUGAGCCAGAACUCAUCUACCUCAAGAAUGAUAUCAAAAUCUAUACCUAUACAACAGAAAACCGAUGACAGAGAUUUUAAUUACACCAAAACAGUUGCUACGUUAGGACCGUCAGGAGACUCUGGGAUCAAAAGUUUGCAGUUGCUAAAGAAAAUUCCACCCAAUUCGGAUUGGACAAAACAGCAACAAAUUGCUACUCCUUUGGAGAAGAGGUGGCCGGUGUCUGUUGGUGGAUCAAACCCUUCUGUUUCUUAUUCUUUAGCUUCCCCAUUGCAGGCUGCACCACCACUAGCGAAAAAUGAUUCCCGAUAUGUAAAUAUUGGAACUGAGCUAAAGAACCUUCAGUUAGGAUCGGUGAGGGAACCUGUUAUAAUGAUGCAGCGGCCCAAAUCGAAGAACAUGACCACAAGUGUAAGCUCGUCUUCCCCAGCAUCAGUCACUGACUGGCAUCCUAAUGUUGUUGAGCCAGUAAUGAAUAUGAAUUCCAAUGGGUAUUCACAUGUACCUAAUAGCACAAGAAGCUUUAACACCGCGACCUAUGGGAACACUGUCAAUAACAACACCCAAUUAUAUGACCAGUUCCAUUAUCAGCAACAGCAGCAACCGAUCCCUCAGCAGCAGUAUGCAUCAAGCAGCGGCCCGUUAGACCAUCAUUACAACCAACAGGGUUCAGUGAAUCAUUUUAACAGUGGUGGUAUGUGGAACAACAGAACGGUGGGCAACACCACCACCCCGACUCUGGCAGCUGCAUCUUCUCUUGGGCUGUUCUCUGGGUUGGGUUCAAACGGGCCUUCAGGACCUUCAUCUCCAGUAGACUGGAAUGCCUGUGACUCAUUGCAGUUUGAUUAUACAAACAUAGACUGGAGUCUAGAUCGGCUUCCUCUUCCAGCAACUAGCCCUUCAAGGCCAGGUAUGUGGAUGGGUUUUGGCUCUUCAACAAACUCUACAGAUCUUUAUGCAUCAGGAAGGGGUGGUGGUGGUAAACCCGCCACGAGAACGCCGACGGGUAUUCUAUCAAACGGGAAUAACGGGCUUUCCAUGGGUUUGCAUCCGGAUGGGGUAGGGGCUGUAGGUUCUGAUGCAUCAUCUGCAGGUGGUUCUCGUGAAUGGACUUCCCCGUUUGAAGAGAAAGAGUUGUUUAGUUUCCCCAGACAGUUUGUUUCUUCUCCCUCACUUUAAUGAAGGUCAAAAAGCAUGAUGAACAAAUAAUAAGAUGAUAGGGGAUGAAAAAACAAUAAGAAAACAGAACUUGAAAACAUGUGUUGGGAUUUAAUGUUUCUCUUCGUUUUUUCAAUCGUGCCUGCUGUCCUGCUUGUUGUUUGUGUGUUUUCUUUUGAUCUUAAUAUUGUUACGGGAAGUGUAUCGUCUCUUUUCUGGAGCUGAAAUUUCCGAUUCGGGGUACAAUUGCUGCUUCAAUGGUAUGUACACUAUGCAUCACACAAUGUACCUUACUUCGGUGUUCGUAAGUUUCAGCUUUGGAAAUGAGACUACCCUUUUUUCUUCUA